AUGUUGGGGCGAUUGGUUCUACUCUUCUCGGUAGCGAGUGCCUUCAUGGCAACAUUGGUGUUGGGCAAGCUCAUUGGGAAGGAGGAACAGCUACUAGACUCCUAUACCUAUGUCAUAGUAGGCGGAGGGACUGCCGUAAGUUUAAUUAGCCUCCUAAUUUACACAUCGCCCACAACUAAGCAAUACACCCAGGGCCUCACUGUAGCUAAUAGAUUGUCAGAAGAUCCUGAUGGUAAGUUUUUCAGUUCUAAAAUUUUAUCUUCUUUUGUUCAAAUGGGCUAAAACCCUUGACUAGCAACUGUCCUUGUUCUAGAGGCAGGAAUACCGGAUCGCAAAGAAUGUGCGGCCAUUCUUCAGAGAUGCCUUGGGGAUACCAUGCGGACGGUGUACGAUUGGAACAUCACGACGGAGCCACAGAUAUACCUGAACGGCCGAGGCCAGAGUCUCUUUAUCGGGAAAGCCUUGGGCGGGAGCUCUAUGCUUAACGGCAUGAUGUUUGAUCGGGGUGCCCCUGGUGACUACGAUAUGUGGGAGGAUCUCGGGAAUCCCGGUUGGGGCUGGGAUGGUCUCUUACCAUAUUUCAAAAAGGUUAGUUAUCUAGCACUUUCAGCGACAUCGUGAAAUGCUUCCUAAUGCUGCAAAGAGUGAAACCUUUACGCCACCAAAACCGGAGCACGUGGCCCAGUUUGGAAUCACUUACGAUCCCGCGGUUCACGGAUUCGAUGGAUACGUUCAGUCUGGUUACCCGAACUUUAUAUACCCACAAACUAGUAGGUUUGUGUUAAUUGGGCCGUGUUACUGUAUUAAUAGCCGGGGUAGAAAAUUUCCAAGAAGCAAUGAAAUCGCUAGGCGUUGCUCAAUCACUGGAUCAAGCUGGGGAAGCGUUGGGCGCCUUUUGGUCCCCAAACUCAAUUGACCCAAAGAACAUGACACGCUCAUACGCACGCAGUGCGUAUUUCGAUAACUUUGUUGACCGACAAAAUCUGCAUGUUUACACCUCCAGACACGUGACUAAACUGAUCACUGAGGACGAUGACGAAGAGAGCGGUGAAGGGGUGAAAAUUUGUGGGGUUGAAGUAAGUUUCCAUGAUAGUAUUGACUUGUGGAUCCUAACGACUAUGAAAUGAAGUAUGUUAAAACCGGGGAUGCUACCAAAUAUAUAGCAAAGGCUAAGAAAGAGGUUAUUAUUUCUGCAGGCGCCGUGCACACUCCGCAGAUUCUACAACUCUCGGGUUCGUCGCUCCCCCCAGCUCCUCUGCAAACCACUCUCCAAUCUAACCACAUUUUUAGGAAUUGGGCAGAAGAGUCUCCUGGAGAAACUGGGCAUCCCAGUCUUAAUUGACCUACCUGGCGUGUAAGCAGUUCUCGGCUCUAUAGCUGGUUUCAAAGCGUGCUAAGAGCAGACCGUAUUUAUAGCGGACAGAACUUCCAAGAUCACCCAUGUGAGUCUAACUUCCUACUAGUGCAAGAGGAAAAUAUCAAGGAUGCGAUCCCGGGAUGCAUCCGGGUCUACUAGAUACGCGCCGGACCGAUGAUACCCCAUUGUGGUGCCUUUGAGACUACUCCAAAGCAUGACCACUAGCUCCCUGGCUGACAUAUUAUGAACGAAAACAGUUGUUACUAUGGCUCUAAAGCGUAUGUAUCCAAUGUUUUUCUGAACAAUCGGGCAUGAUGUUAAUUCAGAGCAACCAGUGGAGAAUGUUGAACACUCAGUUAUCGAUCUCGAAUUAAACGCAAGCUGGGAUGCGGAGUCUAAAGCUCUAUUCUAUAGUAGCCGCGAAGGCUCGUCUCCAUCUCUCCCAUAAUACCUCUCUCAAUUUUAACAAAAGAAUCCAGGCCCAUGGACAGCUGGAAGUCCCAACUCAAUCGCUUUCCUUCCUCUAUCAACCUACACCAACAAGUCGGAGAUCCUGCUAGGUGCCUAUACAGCCCAGGAGCCAGGACAGCACCUCCGUAAUGAUCUCGAGCCAGCAGUAACAGCUGGUUUCCAAAAGCACCACAAAAUCCUCCUCAACCGGCUCGCGGGGACGCGCACAGCUGCAAUGGAGUUUAUAUGGCUCAGCGGUGCCAACCGACGCUUCCAAAUGCCCCUCUCCAUCUCCAUCGCCCACCCCUUCAGUCGCGGCUUCAUAGAAAUAAACUCGACAGAUCCCCACGCCGCUCCGAUCGUGGAUCUGCGCACUGGAAGCAACCCAGUCGAUCUCAGCCUCUUAGUCGAAGCGCUCCGCUUCAAUCGCCGCAUUGUGCAGAGUCCGGCGAUUCAGGAACUCGCUCCGACAGAGUUGACUCCUGGCCAGUUGCUGCAGGCGGAUGAGGAGCUCCUCGGGUUUACGAGGGCCAACCUGUCCACAAUGUUCCAUCCAAGCGGGACCGCGGCCAUGCAACCGAGGGAGAUUGGAGGUGUUGUGGACCACAAUUUGAUGGUUUAUGGGACUAGGAAUUUGAGGGUUGUGGACGCGAGCAUUAUGCCGUUGAUCCCAGGAAGCCACCUUGCAUCUACUGUGUAUGCGAUUGGCGAGAAGGUACAUCUCUCUUUUUUCAGUGCGGCUUUACUUGUUGGGGGUGAAGCUUGCUAAUGGAUGCAAUGAAAUGGCCUAUAGGCGGCGGAUAUUAUCAAGGCGGCCCGGAAGUAAGCGCCCAAUACGAGCGCCAUGUAUACAUAUCCGGCUAUCUAAAGUAGGAGGGGAGAGAGAUAGGUAGUAUCUAUCCUACUUAUACCGGUAUAUGCCGGUAAUUACAUCAAGCUUUUAUUAUUACUUUUAUUCCUCAAGGGUUAAGUUCUGAGUUGUCUACCGUAUUGCCGUGCCGCGGGGAGGACACUUCUUGAGCUCAAAGAAUGAUUAGUAGGGACUCCGUGUUGCGAUAGACUGCAAGAGGCAAAUAGCGAUGACCACGGACCCUGGGGAGAGGAUACUG